CAAACCAUGCAUACUGUGGGGAAACGUGAGAGAAGCAGCAGCAGCAGCAGCAGCAGCAGCAGCAGCAGCAGCAGCAGCAGCAGCAGCAGCAGCAGCAGCAGCAGCAGCAGCAGCAGCAGCAGCAGCAGCAGCAGCAGCAGCAGCAGCAGCAGCAGCAGCAGCAGCAGCAGCAGCAGCAGCAGCAGCAGCAGCAGCAGCAGCAGCAGCAGCAGCAGCAGCAGCAGCAGCAGCAGCAGCAGCAGCAGCAGCAGCAGCAGCAGCAGCAGCAGCAGCAGCAGCAGCAGCAGCAGCAGCAGCAGCAGCAGCAGCAGCAGCUGCAGCAGCAGCAGCAGCAGCAGCAGCAGAGGCCGCAGCACCUGUGUCCCCCCCAAAGACACUUACACAAAGAGGAAGAGCAGGAAGAAGCGCAAGUUGUUCUCCCCCACACAAUUGUUCUGAACGCACACAAGUGUCAAGGAAAG